AUGGCUAGUGAGGAGAGUUUUGUGGUUUUGGUGCACCACAGAGGAUCUGUUAAUAGAAAAACUCGUUCCAGAGUAAAGUUCACAGAUAAGAAUCCGCUAUGUAUUGUCAUAACAUCUACGACGAGUUAUGAUGACCUUGUUAGCGCUGUGCUAAUGAAGCUCGGUCUGGAGGGUGUGAAGCGGGUAAAGAAGUUUUUCUAUCGAAUUCCAGUCACGGUGCUACAGAAUACGGUGAAGUAUGAUUGCUUCACGAUUAAUAAUGAUGUGGACUUGCAAGUAAUGUUUCUUUGUCGGCGGCAGUUUCCGGAGGUGAGGACACCGGAGUUGUUGGCACGGCUGGUUGAUGUUGUAUCCAGUUCCGGUGGUUCGAACAGGAAUACGAACACUAUAGCGAAUCCAGCAGGUUCUAGUUCCCGGCCUGCCGUUGCUUCCUCGUCCGUCCCUGUGUACGAACCAGUGGUCCAACAUGUCGCCUCCCCAUCUUUCGCUGUUGACCUCAAUGGCACCGAAGGCGACGAGGUAGUGGAAAGGGAAGAUUUGCCUAACGCUUUAGUGGGAGUUGCACCUGUUGGCGUAGGAGACGGUUUUUUGGACGAUGAAGAGGAGGAUGACGUCGAGCCGGAUAUGAUUGACGAUGAUAGCGCUGAUGAUAUUGGAGCGACUGGGCCUGCAUUCGAGGUAGGUGGUUCUAGCUCUGGCACACAGCAGUAUCCACCACAUUUUUCCUCGUUGGACUUGGACGCCAUGAGACAUGAGGGGGUUUUAGGGCAUGCUGUUGGAUUUGGAGCUAGAGAUGCGGAAGGAAGUACUGGUCUGACAGAGUUCCAGGUUGGUCAGCAAUUCCAGGAUAAAGAUGAGGCCCUUUUAAGUGUGAAGACUUACAGCAUCCGGCGAGGGGUACAGUACAAGGUGGUGGAGUCCAAUCACCGCCGGUAUGUGGGCAAGUGUUCCGAGUUUGGGAAUGGGUGCACAUGGUUGAUUCGACUGAGUCUCCGGAAGCGCAAGGGCAUUUGGGAGGUCAAACGGUACAAUGGACCUCACACUUGCCUGGCCACAUCCAUCUCGAGUGACCACAGGAGUUUGGAUUAUCAUGUGAUUUCGGCGUUCAUUAUGCCAAUGGUUAGGGCCGAUGCAUCCGUGAGCAUCAAGGUGCUCCUGAACGCCACGGCAGCGCACUUCGGUUUUAAGCCGACUUACCGGAGGGUUUGGAUGGCGAAGUAG